GGAAAAGGACUAAGAUAUCAUAGUUAUCAGAUCGGCUACUUUUUGUGGGGUAAGUAUUUCUUGUUCCAGGAAUUAAUGCGCAUAUAACGGUGCCUAUUCGGUAAAAAUUUAUUAUAGAAUAGUAUUGGAAGUUUUAUUAGAACCACAAACUGAAAAUAUUUUCACUUAUUUUUUUUUGCAUUAGGAUCUGAGAAAUUGUUUAAAACGAGAUUUAGAGAAAAUGUUUUGCAGGACUGUAAAUUGUUCUCUGUUGUAUAUAUAAUAUUAGGGAGUUUAAGAUCUUGACGACGAACUACCGACAACGUUUGAAAUAAAUUUUGUUGUAUGUAUGCAAAUACUAAAUGCUUGUCAUAACAAAUUUAUCCCAAAUAUGUUUUAUGUGCAUGGCUUUGUGUUCGGCAAGUUUCAUCUUUUAAUUUUCAUCAUUUCUUUAUAAAAAUGCUCUCCAACCUGCAACGUCGCGUAGUUGGUUUCGUUGCUAGGUUCUUGAUUCUGUUUUACAACACAAGAAUGUGAUUUUUACGCUGUAGCCAAGGUCGCUACGGUGAAAAGUAUGCUCUGGGGAUAUGUAAAUUUUGUCUGCCUUUGUUAAAGCAAUGCAAAAACAAGCUUUCAACCGUACUCCGUACCCGUUGUUCGUUGUCGGCAUCUUAAACUCCCUAUUGUCUGGCGACCGCUGUUUCGUAGAAAUGUGAAAAAUGCAACUAUAGGUCGUCUGGUAGGAAUCGAAUCUGCUGCCGUGCGACUUUGGUUCAGCGCUCUAAAUAGAACUAACAGUUGAAGGGUUUUGGAAAUGGAAAUUUCGAACGGAAAUUCUAUCGAGCGUGAUGCCUGAAGUCUUGAUAUUUAUCCAGAUUAUACGGCAAAUCUCUAUACUUGUUUGAGUGAAAUAAAUGGCCAUCUUGAAGUUGACACCCCUACCCUUCUUACCCUAUUUUUAAAGUUUAGCAAGUUUUUUCCGUAUUUUUCGUCCUAGGCUACAUAUUGGUGUUGUUGCUGUUAUCUUUUACUUUUUUUGUUAUUUACUUAUUGUCACUUGAUCCCGUUCAAGAUUUGGUUGUGAACUACAUGAAAAGAGGAGGGUAAGUGAUACUAGCUCAGUGUUAUAUGCGUAAGGUAAGUGAUACGUUAAUAUGUACGAUAAGCUUUUUUCUGUAAUUUUUUGUUCAACAACAGCCUGUUAAAGAGCACCUCUUCCCAUUUUUUAAAAAAAACUUUAGGGGAAUUCCAGACAACAAGAAAAGCUUUCAUAGUAGCAAAAUAGCAAAGUAGUUGAAAUAGCUGUAUGAUAAGGCAAGCAAUAGGUUGGUUUUGCAAGCACGAGACCUUCUAAUGAGUAAUGAGGUUCGUCAUCUCACGAGACCUUCUAAUGAGGUUCUAAUGUGAUUCUUUUGUUUAAAUGCCCUCCACUGAACAGGAGGCUGAUAUUAACCAAUGACCAGGGCUGUUGCGAAGAGCUUUAAGCAGGAUGAGGGUGCAGUGUAUUUACCGACAAAUAUUCCAAAAUAUGUAUAAGGGGGGGGGGAGGUCAGGCGGUAUCAACUUCAACAUGAAACAAUAAAACAAAUGAAUAAAUACACGCGUUCUCAUAUAAUAUCAUUUUACAAUGGCAGGCAUGGACGAGCGGUGACUAUUGAGCGGCGGUGUGAAAUCGUGUAGACAAGAGUGUAUUUAUACAACUGAGGUUGACAGUAUUAUGAGAAAAUCUUUGAGAUUCUACCCAAUAUAUAAAUUGAUUUUAUGCAUUACGAGCAUUUAAUUAAGUACUUUUGAAAAGUCGGUCGUGAAGACUACGAGAUUUCUCCACAAUUUCGUACUCAGAUUGGCGACGGCUACGACUUUUUCGAGUCGGUAUGGCCAUGGGAUGGCGUAAGCAUACAGCAUGCGUUUCGCUUGACGAAUCCCGUACUCGUAGUCAAAUCUAAAGCUCCCUAAUAUUAAUAUAAGGUGCGACUGUAUAAAAUGCUACAGUACCACAGAAUAGAAAAUAGAACCAGAGGUCUCACUGCGCCAAAAUUAUGUCCGUGAUUUUUAUGCGCAGGCGCGAGCCAGCAAGUGUAAUCACGACGCCAUCAAACGCGAGCAACUACGCCAUCAAUUGCCAUCACCAGGUAAUAAAGAUUGCUGUUUUAACCGUUUUGCUGACGAACGCUGACGUGAUGUUCGCAGCAAGUGUCACGCACGUCAUCUAGCGUGCGAAAUUCGUGAUUCGCAAGGCAAAAAUCGCGGACACGAAAAUGUUAAGGAAAGGUGUACAGUGAGACUUCUGCUCCAUUUUCUAUUCCGUGACAGUACACCACUGAAUAGAUGGCUAUACUCAGACUACAGAUUAUACAAAAGCCUGUAAUACUAUGUGCUGAAUUGAAACCUGAUACAGCACGUGCGUGGCUCGCGUGCGUGUUUGGCUCUCUAAGUAUAGAAAUGAUUAUAGGGUUCAGAGGACUUGGUGGAAAAGACGGAGUAUGGAGUGCGGAAUACGGAGUCUUUCAAAACAGUUUAUUUUUCCUAGAUUCUUUUUUAAUGAGACUCCGCGUUUUCCACUUUCUGCCCCUAUACACUUGCAUUGUCUUUCUCAAUUCGAAACUUUGCACCACUAUCCUUGGAUCCCUAUAUAUUCAUUCUCGUUUUUCUUCUCGUUUUUCAUUUUCGUUUGUUGGUACAGUAUAUUUUCAGUCCAGCUAUGUUAGGAAGUCAUUUUCUUCCUGAACUGGCGGCUCCCAUCGCUAAUAAUUCUGUUCAAUAUUUUAGUGUUUACUUGAUUGUGGCUAUUUUUUCUUGGUUGUCCUUGCGCAUAAUUACGGUGAUAUUCCGAGAUAACAGUUACUCUAAAGACGUUAUAUCUAUAAAUAACAGGUGUGUCUAAUUUCAUUAAAUAAAAAUGGGUAGAUAUUUCUAUUUAAUACUGUAUGUUUGGUUUGUGUACGUACACAUGAUUCGCUUUUAAACGAUGUGUUGUGAAUUUGAAACAAUUAACAGUAUCACACUAAAUUCAGAGGCGCCGGAAUAUCGAUAAUGGGGGGGGGGGCAGAUAUUCAUAUAUUCGUGUUCUGCCUAAUUAAUUUCUUUUGAAAUCGAUUGUUUUUACAGUCUGAACACGAAUAUAUGAAUAUCUGCCCCAGCUAUUAUCGAUUCCCCGGCGCCUCUGACUAAAUUGAAUUGAAUUGAAUUGAAUGUUACUUCAGGUGGAGUCCUGAAGUAACUUUAUAGUUAAACCCAAAAGUCCAAACUCUUUCCCUUAGAGGUCCAGUAAGGAUCAUACCAUAUUGGUAUUGUGCCACUUUCAGUUUCGGAGUGAUGCUAAACUAAACUAAACUAACGUUGUAUUGGAUAGCUUUAUCACUUGAACACUUUUGAUCUGUUUUCCCUAACGAUCAUGCCAAACUGGUUGAGUGCUACUUCAGAAAGAUCCAAAACUUUUAUACUUGAUAGUUGUAUCAGUUUUAAACUGUUCUCCCUAGAGGUCCAGUAAAGUCAUACUGAGUCUUAUGCUACUUUCGGAGGAAUCCUAAACUAACGUUAUACUGUUGGUUCUAAACUAACGUUAUACUGUUGGUUGGAACUAUUGGUUCAUUGUUGUUACCGGAGGAAACUUAAACUAAACUACCUUAUACCUAAUAACCUUAACUUCAUCAGUUCUAAACUAUUUUCCCUAGAGGUCCAGUAUAGACCAUCCUACAUUGAUCCAUGCAGUGUUAUUACAGGAGGAAACUGAUGUACAAUCAGCAUAUUGCAGAAAUCGAAUCCCUCUUUCAAAAAGUGAAACGCUACGAACAAUCUCUUAAAGUUUGAUUUGUUCCCCCAGAAACGCAUACAUGGUGAUCUCGUAUUUUUGGUUUUUCAUUGGACUUCCCAUGGGUUUCUUCUCCGCCGUAUUACGGAUCCUGAAGGCAAUGGCCGUUGGCGCUCUGAUGUUGCCAAGAAUUGAUCAUAGUGUCAUGCCUGAUGGUUUUCAACGGCUUGAUCGAGGUAAUCAACUUUGAUUAAUAUAGUUGUGACGAAUUUUCUAAAUCCAAUUGGCAGAAGUGAAAUAGAAUAUCGGCAUCGGAAUAAUCCAUUGAGUAUCGGUUAUAGGAAUAUCGGUAAAUGAAUAAAUAUGUAAAUAUAAAUUAUAUUAUAAAUUAAAGUAAAUAUAAAUUAAAUAUAAAUUAAUAAAUAUGUAAAGGUAAUAGUAUACAAUUUAAUUUUUUACCUUUAUAGACAUUUUAAUUAAGCUAUUUUAUCGUAACCUAAAUUGAUGUACUUUAUUACCCUGUUAUUCAAUUAUUUGCCAGAGGGUUUUAAUGAUAAUGAUAGUAAUAAUAAUAAUAAAAUAAAUUUCCAUAUCCGUGUAUAACUAGUUUUGAAAAUCCAAAUGUUCUCCAUGCCAUCCAAUCAAUCGUUGUUUUGACCUACAAUAGUUUAUACCAUUUUUGCCAAGGACCUAUUGGGUUGUGGCGUCAUUCGUCAUGCAUUAACACUUAAGCCUGGUUCACAUAUAUGCCUGCGACGUACCGGCGACGAUGCCGGUGGUAGCUUAAAACGUGAAUUAUGUGAAUUGCCUCCAGUGCCACAGUUACAUCGGCGGUAGGCCGGGAAAGUUGACUCGAGUUCAACUUUGCCGGUAUUUCGGCGGCAAGUAGAGGCAUAAUGAUACAGUCGCAGGCAUAUGUGAACCAGGCUUUACCAUAUACAUUGAUAACAUCUUUGAAUAUGACUUUAUGUUGAAUUUAUAUUGAUACAUUCUGGUCACAUAGUUGUGUUGCAAUAAAUUGAAGUCCAAAGUAUUUUUAAAUUUAAAAUAUAUUUUAUAAAGUUAUAAUACAAAUACCAAUAAUAUUGGCAACAAAAAUACCGAUACCGAUUUUUUGAAUUUAUGACCGAUAUGGAUAAUUCAAAACAAUGAAAAGACAAUGGCACUGAAUAGAUACUAGAUCAGAAGUGUCCCUCAGACGAUAUUUCGUCCAAAAUUUUACGUGCUGACGUGCCAAAUACGCCAUAUAUGACGCCAUCCUGGAGUACACACGGAAGUUUUUCAUGGGUACAGACAUAGGUACAAAGUGCCGUUGCACUCCAGGAUGGCGUCAUAGCACGUAAAAAUUUCGGACGUUUUUCCCAAGCCAAAACACAUAGAGAGUGGCACCUCUGGUCUAGUAUCUGUUCUGUGACAAUGGAACAAUCCGAUCACUGAUUCAUUGGAUAGCAGUAUUAUUAUACUUAGCUUCUAUUUAUGUGCCACAGUCGAAACCAUGUCAAAGAUCUAUGUUAAUGUACCACAUGCAGUUUCGAUAUACAGCUAGCGCUAAUUCAGUUAAGUUUUUUUUUGCAAACUUAAAACUGCAAAACCUGGACUUCUAAGCAUAUAUAAGCAUCGCCCAGAGGAGGAAUGAGGGUCUUCCCGAAAUGCAACGCGCGAAUCAGUGCGGCUCAUUAUUAUUCAAGCUAUUUAUUCUCAACACGCCGUUCGAUUAAAAACUGUUGAAAUAUAUUGCGAUUUUUGCUGUGAAGAUCUCGUUUUCUCAAAGGUAUGUUUUGAUAACCUUUUUGUUUAGUAAUUUAAUAAAAGAAGUUUUGAAUAAUUUUGUAUAUAUAUCGCAUUUUACUUAUGUUAAAUUCCCAUUGUAUUUAUGCAUGUUUUGGGUGUUGAAAAAGUGGCAUUGAAAUAUUCUGGAGUAAAUUGUACUUUUUUACAAGGAAACUAAAAUAAAAUUACAUCAGUGAAUUCAGGAAUGUUUACUCUUUAUAUUGAUACUUUAAAACAUGAAUUUACUCCAUAAAACCGAAGAGUUAUCGCGGUUUGAAAAUGAGCUAUUUUUGCUAAUUAUCGAAUAUAGCAAAAAUAGCUCAUUUUCAAACCGCGAUAACUCUUCGGUUUUAUGGAGUAAAUUCAUGUUUUAAAGUAUCAAUAUAAAGAGUAAACAUUCCUGAAUUCACUGAUGUAAUUUUAUUUUAGUUUACUUGUAAAAAAGUACAAUUUACUCCAGAAUAUUUCAAUGCCACUUUUUCAACACCCAAAACAUGCAUAAAUACAAUGGGAAUUUAACAUAAGUAAAAUGCGAUAUAUAUACAAAAUUAUUCAACACUUCUUUUAUUAAAUUACUAAACAAAAAGGUUAUCAAAACAUACCUUUGAAAAAACGAGAUCUUCACAGCAAAAAUCGCAAUAUAUUUCAACAGUUUUUAAUCGAACGGCGUGUUGAGAAUAAAUAGCUUGAAUAAUAAUGAGCCGCACUGAUUCGCGCGUUGCAUUUCGGGAAGACCCUCAUUCCUCCUCUGAGCAUCGCCAUUGAAUUUUUCGCGCGUAGAGUUGUGAUGUUAACGUUAAGUUGAGACUGAUUUAAGGAUCCUGAAGGGGUAAAAGGAAACUGAGAUUUGCGUACUUUUGGAUUGGGAUUUGAGAGUGAAAUAACUUUACGAACAGCUACAGAGCAAUUUUUGUAGAAAAUUUGUCUAAAAAGUCCAGGAAAACUGAAUUUAACCGACAUUUUUGAGGUCAUUUUUCCGCUAUUGUAAGUCAGUCGCAUACUUUUUUUCUCGGUAAAACUAGUUCUAAAGAGGGCAAUUGACCAUUUGCGUGAUAGACUAAAUUUUUAUCUAAACAAGUCUAGACAAACAUUUCAUCACAGCUUUGAAAGAGCAUGAUCACAAAAUUAGUAAUAUUCCAAAGUUUCGUUGCGAAAUGUUGUAAAAUGCGGAUAAUAUAGCCUUGCGAAGUUUGCAAUUUUCAGUCAUUUUAGAUUACAAACGGGAAAUUGACAGCCCCAAAGGGUAUUGGGCUGUCAAUUUCCCGUUUGUAAUUUAAAAUGACUGAAAAUUGCAAACUUUGCAAGGCUAUAUUAUCCGCAUUUUACAACAUUUCGCAGCGAAACUUUGGAAUAUUACUAAUUUUGUGAUGCUCUUUCAAGCUGUGAUGAAAUUUUUGUCUAGAUCAAAAUUUAGUCUAUAAUGCAAGUGGUCAAUUGAACGCAGAAUUGUGUUUAAAAGUCGUCACAUAGAUGAACCACCUGCUCUGAGUUUUCUUUCAAUUUUCACAGUGGAACUGGAGUUUGAUCUAAAAAAGGGCUGGGAAAUGGGAUAUAGAGAAAAUUUGGGAUGGGAAAUGGGUUCUAGACCACCCCCACCCUCUGAUUUUCUUACAGCAUCAAAACUAUAUCCAACUGCUCCUUCCCCAGGAAAGCAUCAGCCCCCGUAUGCGUAUACUAACACACCAAUUAUGAGAGUAUAUACAUGGUUUGUACUGUAUCUAUAUAUAACUUUUUUAAAGGUUUCAAUGCGUACAUCUGUUAUCUUCACGUGGAAACAGCUUAUAGAAACCCAGUCCUUCGAGUUUUCUGUCAAAUGCUGGUCGAUGAAACACGUAAGUGUUGAUUCAUUGAGAGUACGAAUUUCUAAAUUGCAGAAUUUUAUAAAUUUAUUACCAAAACCGCAGAUGCUUCUUCUCGCCCCAAAGUGUCUUGUUUCCUUGUCAAAACAUUCAUGAAUGUGACUACAUUCCUGCACCUAUUACUGCUAAAAUCAAUCUAUUAUUAGCCAGUCUCAGAAUUUUUUGGCAGUCUAUAAAAAGCUGACAAUACAACCAGGCGAUCUCGGAACUCGGGAAAGGCCUGGCACUAGUUGUAAAAUAGAAAUCCAUUUCUUGUUUAACAUUACUCAAUAUCUCAUCAACGGUAUUAGAUUUCUAUCUCAAAUUUGUCCCAGACAUUCAUUUCCCUGUACAAGACACAGACACGAAGUUUCAAACAGUUUCACAAAAGAAUCAGGGCGUGACAAGUGAUUAAAGGUACAAAACUGGAUUUCUAUUCUGUUGCUAGUCCCAGUCCUUUUGCUCACCGUCAGAACACCUGGAAGACGGCACUGUUCGGCAUGUUUCGAUUCACAUUAAUAGACAGCACUUCCCAAUAUUACCCAAUGAUGGUAAUGCACUUGCUAUGGUAACCCUCCUAUCAGUCGGUCUAAAAGCGCGACGUGCAUGAUCAUUGAUACAAAAAAUGAAGCCAAUGGUGAAUCGUAACGUGAGCGCCUCAGCAAAUCUUCAAAUAAGCCCUCCCUAAACAAGCUCCCCUGUCCAAUUAUUAUAAGAAAUCAUCUUUUUAAAGUGCAAUGGACCUUUCACCUUUUGACUAAAAUUUUGAUCUCAACAAGUCUAGACAAAAAUUUCAUCACAGCUUGAAAGAGCAUCACAAAAUUAGUAAUAUUCGAAAGUUUCGUUGCGAAAUGUUGUAAAAUGCGGAUAAUAUAGCCUUGCGAAGUUUGCAAUUUUCAGUCAUAUUGUGUUACGCGCGGGAAAUACAUACCCUUUUUCUGAAAGAGGUAUGUAUUUCCCGCGCGUAAUACAAUAUGACUGAAAAUUACAAACUUCGCAAGGCUAUAUUAUCCGCAAUUUACAACAUUUCGCAACGAAACUUUGGAAUAUUACUAAUUUUGUGAUGCUCUUUCAAGUUGUGAUGAAAUUUUUGUCUAGACUUGUUGAGAUCUAAAUUUUAGUCAAAAGGUGAAAAGUCCAUUCGUUGACUGUGAUCACUUUUGUUACAGAAAACAAUCCACGAAACGUGCAAACAUUAGGUACGUAUUUACCUUAAAUGUUUUUUAUUAAAGCGAAAAAUAUACCAAGCCCCCCCCCCCCCCUUUCUGUUAAAAUUGCCUCCCUUCAUAGCAUAUUUGGUUAUUACAUAGGAAUGAACAGGGUACGAAAAUGGACAUUUUCAGCUCAGUCCCGUGCCAGGUGGUUUCUCGCCCUUACCUUGGCCCGCAACCCACAACUCGCAUCAGAUCGUAAACCUGAUGUUCAGGCACCUCAACCUGCUCAGGCUGGUCAUGCCAGAUAUGGCGAUGUCGUGGUUGAAAUUGAUCAAUUUUGCGCUGAUAAUACUGCAUUUAUACAAGAUAAGUGAACUAUAUAUAAUUAGUUUCCAAAGUUAAAGAGGAGACUGGGAUAUAGUCGCUAAAUACCUACCUAAUAUGAACACUGUAGCAAUUAAUACACCAGGCGGAAAUCUUAGUUUAAAGAUAAAGAGCAGAGCCCAGCAAAUAACUUUAAAUCCAAACAUAAUAAAAGUAAAAAAAAUAUUAGUUAACGUUUCGUCGUUUACAAUACAACAUGGUCAGAGCAAUCUCGAAUUUACAGGGUAUGGUAUAUAUAUUUACAAAAUAAUGGUUUAAUAUUACAAAACGGUUACAAAGUUUGAAAGAACAAAUGAAUAGAAAGAAAGGAAACAACUUAUCAGUCACUAGUUAAUAAGUGAAGAUUAAUGUUAAGUGCAUGGUUAGUAUAUAUAGUUAAGGUUAAUAUUACAUAACCAAAAUAACUUAUCAGUGACUAGUUAAUAAGUGAAGAUUAAUGUUAAGUGCAUGGUUAGUAUAUAUAGUUAAGGUUAAUAUUACAUAACUAAAAUAACUCAGAAAGAAAGAAAGAAAGAAAGAUUUAUUAUGCACAUGAUAUUAGUAUUUACAAAUUAUCUGUUGAGAUUAUAGAACUUAAGAAUUAUUACAUAAUGGUUAUAAUAGAUUUAGAUUGGAUGCGCGCAGUAGGCUAUAGAUCUAAUAUUAGCAUUAAGGACAGGGUUAAGUUGAGAAAUUAACGAUGGAUGUGCGCAGGGCUAGAUCUAAUAUUAGCAUUAAGGACAGGGUUAAGUUGAGAAAUUAAUAGGCUUUCACGGAUAUAAGAAGAUCCCAUGUUAUUAUGUUUGGCUUUAAAGUUAUUUGCUGGGCUCUGCUCUUUAUCUUUAAACUAAUAUGAACACGUUUUGUAAUUGACUUUCUAUCACAAAAGUGACCAGUGUUUAUGAUUCGUUCUUUAGAAAUAUAAUUUCUAUAGUUCUCGUAAUCAACCGAUCACAAAGCCAGUUCACAUAUAGGUAGUGACCGACGAUGUUACUGUAAUAUAUCUUUAAUAAUUGGUUGAUUUUACUAAUGAUGAUUUGAUGUUAAAGCUGUUGAUCUGUAUUAAAUCUUGACAUUUAUUUUAGGCUGCUUUUUUAAACUUUUCAAAAUGAUUUUUUCGCCAAUGAUUAAAAAAUGCUUGUCAUAAUCACAUUCGUAAUAAUAUCGAUGAAGUAAAUAUCAAUUCUAUGAAUAGCACUUUUUUGAACGUAGAGCUUUACAGGGGCGGAUGUCUUUACAAAGCGGUGCUCCUAGAUAAGUCCAGCAUCACCCUAAAAAAUUUACUUGACCAUACAUUUUCUGCUUUUCGAAUAGCGAUUAGGGGAACUCCUAUACUGGUAACAUGUUAGCGCGUGUCGUUUCUUGAAACGAUGUAAUUCAUUUGUGAGCUCACGACAAAAUAAUGAGAAUGAUUUAGUUAAAUACGUAAACAUGUCGAGCUGUACUUUAUCAUUAAACAAGCAAAUUUACUGUAGUGUGCUACAGUAAACACCGCGGAAAAACGUCUGCGCAUGCAUCAACCUUACCUGUAAUAGUAUUGCGAACUUGAUGAGAAGCUGUUCCGAACGUUUCCGAAAGCUCAAAAUGGCGGUAAAAAGGAGUCACUUCACUGUGUGUCUUAUACAGCCAGAUUUCGAGCGUAAAAAUUAACAUGUCAUUCUAAAAACUAGGAAUAAAUACAGCCAGAAGGUUCAAGAAAUUGUAUUGUACAAGAACGUGAACUACAGGUGAUUGUUGACAAAUUUAUCGUCUGAAACAUUUUGUUUAUCAACUAAGCAACGACAAUUUCCGAAUUUUCGUUUGAGAUACAUUUCUUUAAAAAAAACUAUGUCGCCAAAUAUAAAAAAUUUUCGUGUUCACAAUAAUUAAACUUUAGGAUUUACUCUACAAUUUGAGUGGGUUAAAAAGCUUAACUUUUCGAGAGUUUUCUUAACUUUUUAGUUUGAAUUUUUGUUUUGAAUAAUUCUGCAAAAAUUUUCGAAGUCGUGUCCGUUAAAAUCAACAACUUUUUACAUGAAUUAUAUUUCAUUCCAUACUUUCAAUGCCAGGACGCUUUCAAUUAAUGUCUAGUCUACCCAUUUGCUAUAUUUUCUCGUUUGUUUUACUAAUUUUUGACCAAUUAAUAAGCAUGUUUUUGUUUUAGAAAUUGAUGUUCAAAUUCCCCGCCAUAUUUUCAUAAUUUGGUGCAUGCGCAGACGUUUUUCCGCGGUGUUGCUACAGUAACUGUCUAGUUCACAUACGUGCAGAUAAAAAGCCAAUAUCAACUUUAUAAACAAAAUAUAUUAUAAUAUAGCAUUUGUAAAUUCUGAACGCUGAUUGGCUAACAGCCGUGUUGGCAUAACUCAAUGUCAACACAGGAAAUUUCUUUCUUUAUGUUUCUUUGUGCUAUAUUAUUAAAAAAAUAUAAAAAGUUUUCCAAUUUGGUAUCCAGUCAUUUUCCGUAUUGAUAUCCGCCCUCCCGGCGUCGUGUUCCACACAAUUGCCAAGCAGGAAAUUCGGAAAUUGUAUAUGUAAAAAAACGCACGAGCGUCAGUCGCAGGCACCUUUCGAAUAUGCGCAGGUAUGUACAUUUUAAAAUAUUUAACUCCCGAAAUAUUAUACAAAAUUUAGCUCCCGAAACCUUAAAAAUGAUUCAUUUUUACAGGCACAUUUUGAAGCUAUGCAUUUUGCUUGCAGACACUAAAAAUAUUAAUAAGCCUUGACCCAACCUCGUCCCCAGGGCCUUUGAGCUGACUUCGUGAAGGCCCUGGGGACGAGGUUGGCCUUGACCAAUGAUAUAUUUCUUGUGUUCCCUUCUUGCCGUCAAGUUAAAUGAUCAGAUUACAGUAUUGAAUCAAUUACAUUGUACAAAUGAUAAUAAAAUACAAUGAUUUAGGCAAUACUUACCAAAUAGAGAGCUACACAAAAUGAAAAACUACUAAACAUUACAUGUUAUAAUAAAUCAUUCUAAAAAAAACAAUAUACCUAGCUGUUUUAGUCUAUACGACUUACAGCACGCAAUUGAUGUUGGACAGAUAGACUGAACUAUCUUAGGGUGAUACGUUUAAAUUUGUAUCAAGCCUCCUUAAUCCGUCAACUAAAUAAAUCUCACCCCCCUUUUCAGAAGAGGAAAUCUAAACUGUCCUUUUUAGUUCCGGCCACAUUUUGCCCACUGUGUAAAGCAGAAUAAAGAAAGUAUUAAUAUCAGUUUCUAAAAUCUUUGCGAGUCAAUCACGCAGAAGCUUAAUUGUUCUUUGAGUAAUGAUUGAACGUUCAUUUGAAUACUUUCAUAUGCACAUGCGCAGUCAAAACUCCGAAUUGGUCAGCAGGUGGCCGUGGCAACGGAGUGUGAGAGAAAGUAGCCUCUGGGUACGAGGUUGACGCUAUAUAUGCCGACCAAUUUCGUACCAAUUGAUUCUUUGGCUCUGGGUACGAGAUUGUUUGGUAUUGUAUUUGGAUGAGAUUGGCUGGUAAGCGGAAUAUGAAACGUGCAUGGUAACGCCAUUAGUAAUCAGUGGCGUGCUGACAGGGGGGCCGGGGGGCCACGGCCCCCCCAGCUGGCAAUUCUUGGGGGGCGCAAAAAUGAAAAGGGGGCGGCGAAUUUUGAAAGUGGGUGUGAAAGUUGUAAAUGUAUUCAGAUCACUAGAUCAGUAGAGAAUAGAAUUGGGAUUAGAUUAAUCGCUUGAAGUACUACUACUAAAUUCUAACCAAAUUUCAAAUUUCGACACGUUAUAAUGCCGUUUUCUGACCAUCAGAUUUCUGUCAAGUCUUCCCCCAAAGUCAAGGAAAUGGCAUUUCAGAGACUCUAAAUUCAAAAAUUUUCCUGGGGGGCAUGCCCCCGGACCCCCCUAGGCAAACCUCGAACCUGUAAUGAUGUGACGUCAUAUGCAUGCAUGACGUAAUUUGUAUAUAGCUUUAUAUUACAUGGUAAUAAGAGUCAGUAUCAAUAUAAUCACCAAGCAAACAAGUCUCGCUUUGAACUACAAUCUAUAUUAUAAGAAUAUUACAUUGGCGACGAGGAUUAAACAGUUUUUUUCAUUAGUGCAUUGGCCUCUGCCCUGCCACCAUUUCCACCAUUCAAUGUGGAUGACGACGCCACCACGACCGGGCAACGAUGGGACAAGUGGACUAAACGUUUUAAUAAUUUCCUUCUUGCAAUGAAUAUCACCGAUGCCACCCGAAAACGAGCUCUUCUUUUGCACUACAUUGGACCCUCGGCAUUUGACAUUUUUGAAACUCUGACAGACACUGGCGAAGCGAAAGAUUAUGACAAGGCAAUCGAUCGACUCACCGAACAUUUUACACCGCAGCGCAACAUCGACUACGAAACGUAUCUUUUUCGCCAAGCUCGUCAACACUACCGACUGAAACGCUAG